AGUAGCUGACGUGCAGUUUGGCCCUAUGAGAUUUCAUCAAGAUCAACUUCAGGUACUUUUAGUGUUUACCAAAGAAGAUAGCCAGUGUAAUGGAUUCUAUAGGGCAUGUGAAAAAGCAGGGUUUAUGUGCUCAGUAACCAAGGAGCCUCAGGCUGCCCUUGCCUGCUUCCUGGACAAACAUCAUGAUAUCAUCAUCAUAGACCACAGACAUCCUCGACAGCUGGAUGCAGACGUGCUUUGUAGAACUAUCAGAGCAUCAAAUAUCUCAGAAAACACAGUUAUUGUUGCUGUUGUAUGCAGGACGGAAAAAGAAGAACCAUCUGUAUUGCCCUUCGUUAAUGCUGGCUUUACAAGGAGAUAUUUCGAAAACUCCAGCAUCAUGGCCUGUUACAAUGAGCUCAUCCAGCUGGAGUAUGGAGAAGUUCGAUCCCAACUGAAACUCAGGGCUUGUAAUUCAAUAUUCAUUGCAUUAGAGAAAAGUCAAGAAGCAAUUGAAAUUACUAGUGAAGAUCACAUUAUACAGUAUGCAAAUCCUGCUUUUGAAACAACAAUGGGCUAUCAGGCCGGUGAAUUAAUAGGCAAGGAGUUAGCUGAAGUGCCUAUAAAUGAAAAAAAGGCUGACUUGCUCGAUACUAUAAAUUCAUACAUCAGGAUUGGCAAGGAGUGGCAAGGAAAUUACUGCACCAAAAAGAAAAAUGGAGAUAACAUACAACAACAUGUGAAGAUAAUACCUGUCAUUGGACAGGGGGGGCUGUCAUCACUUCAUUUCAUCCUGACUGCAGCCCUGUGUGGUCGGCACUGUGUCCACCUCAGUUUUACAGAUGAGGAAACAGGCUUCAAGAGAAAAAUUAGGCACUAUGUGUCCAUUAUCAGAGUGUGCAAUGGCAGCAAUAAGGCUGAGAAAAUAGCUGAAUGUGUUCAGCCAGAAGGUCUUUCAGAUAUGCAGACAAGCAACCUUAUUAAAGACAAGAGAAAAGAUUCACUAGAUGUCAAGUCCCUUGUCAGUCGAUCAGGAAAUGAAGUGACUCACCAGAGACGACACUCUUCCUUGGCCCGGAUACAUUCCAUGACGAUCGACGCACCCAUCACAAAGGUAAUUAAUAUUAUCAAUGCUGCCCAAGAAAGCAGUCCCAUGCCUGUGACAGAAGCCUUAGACCGUGUGCUGGAAAUUCUGCGAACCACUGAAUUAUAUUCACCACAGUUUGGUGUUAAGGAUGAUGAUCCUCAUGCCAACGACCUCGUCGGAGGCUUAAUGUGUGAUGGUUUGAGAAGACUGUCAGGGAAUGAAUAUAUUCUUUCAUCGAAGAACCUUCACCAGGUCUCAAGCAGGAUAAUCAAUCCCAUCGCCCUCCAAGACAUCCCACCACGGAUAGCUAAAACCAUGGAAAAGGAGGAAUUCUGGGACUUUAAUAUUUUUGAACUGGAGGCUGCCACCCACAAGAGGCCUUUAAUUUACCUAGGCCUCAAAAUAUUUUCUCGCUUUGGAAUCUGUGAAUUCUUAAACUGCUCUGAAUCAACACUCCGAUCCUGGUUACAAAUUAUUGAAAGCAAUUAUCAUUCUUAUAACCCCUACCACAACUCUACACAUGCCGCUGAUGUACUGCAUGCGACAGCCUAUUUCCUGUCCAAAGAGAGGAUCAAGCAAACUUUAGAUCCAGUUGACGAAGUCGCUGCCCUGCUUGCAGCCACCAUCCAUGAUGUGGAUCACCCUGGGAGAACCAACUCUUUCUUGUGUAACGCCGGGAGCAAGCUGGCCAUUUUGUAUAAUGACGUUGCUGUCCUGGAGAAUCACCAUGCAGCCUUGGGUUUCCAGCUGACCAUUCAAGAUGAUAAAUGCAAUAUCUUUAAAAACAUGGAGAAGAAUGACUAUCGGAUGCUGCGCCAGGGUAUUGUUGACAUGGUCCUAGCCACAGAGAUGACAAAGCACUUUGAACAUGUCAACAAGUUUGUCAACAGUGUCAACAAGCCCCUGGAAUCACUAGAAGAAAACAAGGAAACAAAUAAACAUGCGGAAACAAUAAACACUAUGCUUAGGACACCAGAGAACCGGACUCUGAUCAAACGAAUGCUGAUUAAGUGUGCUGAUGUGUCCAACCCCUGUCGGUCCCUUGAGUUCUGCAUUGAGUGGGCUGCGCGCAUCUCAGAGGAGUAUUUCUGUCAGACUGAUGAAGAGAGGCAGAAAGGCUUACCUGUGGUGAUGCCAAUUUUUGACAGACAGACCUGCAGCAUCCCCAAAUCCCAGAUCUCCUUCAUUGACUACUUCAUCACAGACAUGUUUGACUCCUGGGACGCCUUUGUCGAUCUGCCGGACCUAAUGCAGCACCUUGACAACAACUUCAAGUACUGGAAAGGCCUGGAUGAGAUGCAGCUGCGCAGCCUCCGGCCCCCUCCCCAGUAGGAUGGCACUGCCCAGUGGCCCGAAGCUUCGUCCCUUGGGGCAUUUUGGAAAACCUGAGGGCAGCCAGAGUUCCUUGGUCCUUUCAGUAUUACCCAGAACCAUCCCCAGGUCUGCAGAGCCUGUGAGAAAGCACAUGGGGAUUCCAGUACCUUCUGUAGUCACAGGCCGAUGCCAUGGUCACGAUGGAGACUCUGCCACUGUAGUCUGGGCCUUGUGCAGGGGCAUCUUCAGCAAGUCAGAAGAGAAACAUGUCAUCCGUCAGCACUGUGUCAAAACCCAGGAGCGAAGUGCCCCUGCAGAGGGUCUUGAUGAAUUUCCCGCCCGUGCCAGAGAAUCUCGUUUUGCAAACACCUUCUCUCAGUUGUGUUUAGCACAUAAGAUCAGCUAAUGGCAACUGGAUCUUUAGCAACUUUUCUCAUAUCAUAGAAGGUGCAAUCACUCACUUUGGAACACUACUGAAAGUGACUUCUCAAAAAAACUGAGUAGCAAAUGAAAAAAUACACACAUUUUGAAGUUGAUUAUUAAUAUCAAUUAUUAAAAUAUUCUAUUUAUUUCAUGUAGGCAUUCAAUGUUUUCUAUGGAUUUUAAAAUACUUUAAAACCAAAGGCCAACUUUAACUGUUGUGACAAAUUUACAUGAUUCAUGUUCAUUAAGUAUGCAUUACUUGGUGUAUUAUUUUCAUAAUGCAAAUUUUAAAUAGUAUAAAAUGAUGCAUUUUUAUUGCACUAUAGAACUGUCUGUGUUUGUUAAACUCUUUGCUGGUCGGGGCUAAUUUGUUGGUGGGCUUUAUUCUUGAGAGUGAAAGAAUAAAGCUUCUCCCGUACAGACACCUACACUCUGAACUCAGCACUGGACAUCUGCUAAGCAUUGUAGGUGGCUCCAGGUAAAAUUACAUUCUUCUUGGUCUGCAAAGAAAAGUUAAGACCUAACACUUUUGUUUCUAAAAUUUUAUAAUUGAGUUUCCAAUUGUCUGCCUUAUUUUAUACAAUGUUUCUAUGAAAUAUUCCUAUAAAAACAAAGAAAAUGAGCUAUUUAAUGAAUUGACAUUUUUUAACCCACCUGUUUUCAUCUUCAGUGGGAAUCUUUCAUUCUUGAAAUUUAUAAAGGUUCCAUAGCUUCACAUCCUAAAUAAGUGUCAUGCCAUUAAAAAUGACACCUGAUGACAUCUUUAAGUGCUUCUCAUUUCAUUUUAAACUUGUAUUUGUGAUUUUCCAGAUGAAAAUGAAAUUAAACGACUUGUUUUUAGA